AUGGCGUCUAACUUGGGUCUAAUCUACACCCUCCUCCAAACCGCAACUGCAACCGCAACUGCAACAGACCAAACAACAGACCAAACAUCAGACCGAAAACUCCUCCCCCUAGCUCUACCAAAUAGACCAGACGCAACCCUCAAAAACUCCACGGAUGUAACCUUCGACCCCCUCGGCGUCGCCGCCGUCCUACACAACCCCCGGGCCAGCCUCAGCGCGGCUCGACUCUACACCCAAUUCGACAGAAACUACUUCACAUGGCCGCACACAAUGAUGAUGGGAUCAAUGGAGCAUUUGACGGCUAAUUUUCAAUCUAUUCAUCCGGCCAUCACCCUGUGUACGCGGGAUACGCAGCUGUUGAGCGUGGUGUCGAAUAUGGUGUUUAAGGAGUUGCCGUUGGAUUGGGGGAAUAUGUGGCUGGGGGAUGUGAUUGCAUUCAAGGCUUCGAGUAGACCGGCUAAUGAUUUUAUGGUUGUUUGUAUGGAUGAUGACGAUGGCGACUCCGCCAGUAUCAAAGAUGGUCCGUCGAAAUGGACCAGGUGGUUGGGCUGUUCAGCUCUGAACUUGAUUUCGCUCGUCAACGGGCUAAUCAUCGUCGCGGGUAUCGUGCUAGGUGUCCUGAGCGCCGAUAUCUGGGCUCUAACACUAUUCUUCUUCUACGGUACGCACUGGCUGGCCGGACUCGCAAUCUCGACAACAUCGCUAGUCACACCGCAAAGGAUCUCAAUCAAGGAAGACGCCACAACCAGAUAUGCAAUCUACCAACGACCCGCGGGAGGCACGGUGGUCUUCAAAGGAAGACAAGAUACAAUGGAAGCAUGGGCGCGCAGUACAUGGGAAUUCAACCGGACCUUGAAAUCGAAUUGUCUACACUGGUUCUGGACGUUGACGGGUACCAUGUCCGCGAUAUGCUCUGUAGCGUGCAUGGUGAAUAUGAUUGGGUAUAUGCAACUUGCCUUUCUGGCGUUGCUGGUAUACGCCUCUCUAGCUGAAAUUGGCGCAACAAGAAUUACGCGAUUAUUACAGGGGGAAGCAAAAGCGCUAAAUCGGACAUGUAUCGUCGCUAAUAACGAAUUCCGUACAAAGGGCGUGAUUCGCGCUACCGUCGAAGUUGGACGGAAAUAUAGAUUGAAGGGUCUUGAUUGGGUGGACUUGAAAAGAAUGCCGCCUGAUCGAAUUUUUAGGGAUAUGCAGAGGUUAUUGGCGAGGUUGAAUGCAUUUCAGGAGGGAGUUGAGAUGGGGAAGGAGAAGGUUGCGACUGAUGGACAUGAUGAUGUGAGUGGGUUGAGGGACCAUGGAGUCGUGCAAGGGGCGUUUAGGGAGUUUAGGGAGGGCAGGACAGAGGAUCCAGUUUUGGUGGAGAGGAUCCAGACGGAGGCGAUGGAUGCGUUGGAGCAGUGGUGGGUGAAGUUGAAUAGGGAUACUGUCAAUGUGACUACCAAGGUUGUUUCUCCUUGACUUCUCAAUGGAUAUAUAUACUUUACAAUAAUAUGAAUUUGUAUGUAGCAUGAAUGAUGGAUGCAUUGAUCAAGCAUAAGAACAUAAGCUUCAGUAAAACUACAAAGUGAUAUACGCUACUAGGGUUGUACAACCAAGACAUAUACAAGAAUCACUCCCAUUCGAGCAUAACUGACGCCUGGUUUCACCAAAAUGAAUCACGAAUCGAAAAGGCAAAAUUGUUUACAAAGCGAAGAAUGCCACGGCAGCCAUAGCACCAAGACCCGUAAGAGCAUUUACGCGGACUGAACUGGCAGCACCCUUGCCGGUAGACGAAGCAGAGGCGCUAGUACCAGUGCUCGUUCCAGAAGGAGAGCUAGAUGUCACAGUGCUAGAGUUGCUGGGUGUGUUGACAGCGCCCUUGUCGAGAACAUUCAACUGAAUACCAGAAACAACAUUGCCCUUGUAGUCAUACACAGUCUGGCUGAUCUUGGUGGAGGAGACGGAAACCAAGGCACCAACAGAGACGUUGGUAGUAACGCCAUUUUGGAUCAUCUUGUCAAUUCCGGCAACACGGUCGGGGACAUCGAAGCUCUUGGUGAUGUUGGAUGUGAUUUGCUUAGGAUCACAGGUAGGAGCCUUGAUGGAAGUUUGGCUGGAGUUGUGUGCGGUAAUAGAGCCAAAAUCAAGCUUGUUGUAUUGACUCUUCAAAUUCUCAAAAUCGAUAAGGAGGGUAACGGAUCCGUUGCUGUUGAUGCUGACAAGACCGUAGUCGUUAGCCUCCUGGCUGUACUCGUACACCAAGGCGCCAGAGAGAGCCUGAGACAUGUCGGGACCGUAGAUGGCUUGAAUCUCGCUGAAAACACGAGGCUUGACGUUGUUGCAACCAGUCUCGGAAAAGAAAACAGGCAUAGAGAUAUUAGCGAAAUCCUGAGUGAGCACAUCGUAGCCGCUAGAGUGGUAGGUGGCAUCACCGCACCACGAGUACGAAUUGAGACCGAAGAAGUCGGAACGAGAAUUGGUGGAGUUGGAAAGGUUGCAAGACAAGUAGUAGGCAGUGUCAACCAAGAGGGGUCGGACAUCGGCGGCGGAGUAACCGACGGGGAUAGAACGGUUGGAGUUUUUGCUGAUGUAGUCGUGCAUAUCACGUUGAACAGCCUGG